UCCACGGUCCCGAGGCGUUCCGAGGAGGAAGUCGCUCGCGAAACCGAAAGUGUUCCCGAUCUACGGUGGAAAGCGGCAUUUAUGUUAAAUAUCGAGCGGUCUCGCGUCAUUUACGGGCCGAGUCAUUGGAACCAGACGCUGUCCGAGCCCCGAAGUAACGCGAAUCAUUCGGAACCAGUUCGUCGGCCGUGAGCUUGAAUUUUGCAAUCGAAACACGCGCACCUGAGGAUCGUGGCCGUGAGAUGCCAUGACGGUUAAGAAGAGGAGCUUCGGACCAGUAGCCGACCACUAUGGUCAACGUAUAGAUCACGAAUGGUCGCCGAAAAAGCUGCCGAAACGGACGAACGGCUACGUCUUUUUGUCGCCAACUCACUCUUUCGUCUACAAUUGGAACGAUGGCGACGCUCUCAUGUAUAAUCGCGACUGUCUCCAGCGGAAAAUACAGAAACACCGAGGACUGUCCAGCACGAGCAUGGCGAACGUGCUGCCGUGGCUGAUGUCGAUGUGCCUCCUUGGCGUGCGGGAGCUCUCCUCGCCACCUGGAAGCAACGCGCUUUCACGCGAUCUUGAAACGCCCGGCCAGAGGAGUGUGUCUCCGGGGUUCCGCUCGUCCCUGAGGAACUACAAGACGCUCAUCUCGGGCCACGACGAGCUUCCUGGCCACAUAAACUGCCCCGGCCACGGGGACACCGUGUCGACUUUAGAGAACUCGGUGGACAGAUUGUUACCCACCACUCCGGAGUACAAUAAUCAUCUGUACGGUUCAACGCCGGACUCGAGCAACUACUUCUCCCGGAAUUUCGACAGAAGCGGGAUUCAGUCAAGGCCGAUCGGAAGGAACCUGAACUUAUUCAAGGCGGACCCUUACACGGUGAACCAACUCGAGACGCACGGGUUCAAUUACGAUCCUGGCCGAGAUCACGUGGAGGACGAUUAUGUCGGCCCUGCCAUGGAACUAGUCUACGCCUGGUCCACUGUCGAUUUUACGUACGACAGCGUCGAGGCCAGGGAUUCAGCCAUUUACGACGGAGACUUCAUAGCGGAAAACAAUUUACCUCUCGGUCUUGACGUCUGGAGGGAGAAGGUGUUCAUUACGCUUCCUAAGUGGAAGGAAGGUAUCCCGGUCACCUUGGCCACCGUGCCUAGACACUCGAAGACGAAGAGCCCGAAGUUGAGGCCUUAUCCUGACUGGAGUUGGAAUCGAUCAGGUAACUGCGAGGGUCUAACCUCCGUCUUCAGGGUCCAAGUGGACGAGUGCGACCGUCUAUGGGUGCUGGACUCCGGCAAGACGGAGAUCUCGACCGGCGGCAAGCAGGCGUGUCCGCCGGCGAUCUUCGUCUUCGACCUGCUCACGGACACGCUGAUCAGGAAGUACACGUUCCCUGAUGACCAGGUGAAGCAGGAUUCUCUGUACGCGAACAUCGUCGUGGACAUCAGGGACGAGGAGUGCGACACGGCCGUGGCUUACGCGGCGGACGUCUUCAGAUACGGUCUGCUGGUCUACGACUUCCUGAAGGACUCGUCGUUCCGGGUCCAGCACCACCUGUUCUUCCCGGACCCCCUCGCGUCCAAAUACGAUAUCCACGGCGUGAAGUUCCAGUGGACGGACGGGAUCUUCGGGAUCGCUUUGAGCCCGGUCGACAUCCACGACGACAGGACCCUGUUCUUCCAUCCGAUGUCGAGCUUCCGGGAGUUCGCCGUGUCCACGUCUGUCUUCAGGGACAAGAGGACCGCCGAUACGAGCACCGACCUCUUCAUGCCCAUCGGCCGGCCCAGGGCCAAGGACUACGGCCACUCGUCGGGGUCCGUGGUGGACCGGAACGGCGUGAUGUUCUUCAACAUGGUCACCAGGGACUCCGUCUGGUGCUGGGACACCAGGAAAGAGUACAUACCGCAGAACCUAGGCGUGAUCGGCACCAGCAACCUGUCGCUCGUCUUCCCGAACGACAUCAAGGUCGACCACGAGUACGAGCAAAGCGUGUGGAUGCUGUCGAACCAGCUGGCCAUGUACCUCUACGGCAGCGUCGACAACAGCAAGGUCAAUUACAGAGUGUUCAAGGCUAACGUCAAGGAGGCGGUCAAGGACACUGUUUGCGACCCGAAUUACAUCGUGCCGGGCAACGAACACGGCUACGACGAAACCUGCUAGGGGUGCUGAAAGAAAUUCUUCUUUCUCUUCAUCAUCUUCUUUUCCUUCUUCUUCUUCUUCAUCUUCUUUUUCUUCUUCUUCUUCUUCUAGGCAAGUGUUUCCCGAGACAUUUACAGCGUCGGAUCAACGAGGCAUUUUGUACGAAAGACAUGUUCCUUUUAGUUAAGAGAUUUAUUGAGAUAAGAGGCUGGUCACGACGGCGCCCGAGUUUCUCACGAUUCACGACCGAAAUAUUCGGCAUUUACAGACCGCGGAUUUUAUGGAUUUGUUAGAAAGUGAGUGGAACUUCAGAUACAUAGCAAGGAGAUUGAAAGAAUUUAACACUAGAUCUACCGAGCUCUUAACGAGUCUGUUGUAUAUUGUUUUGUAACAAUGUCAAGAUUUAUUUAAGCUUCGUGCGAUUUCUAUCAUAAUCUGGAUAAAGAAGUUUAUCUAAAAAUUUCUCCCACAAACAUUUCUAUAACAUCAAGAAUUGUAAAAGAAAAAAUCAGAGACUAGUCAUUUUAACUGGUUUGGUAGUUCUAGCGUUAAGAAUGGCUAUGUAAAUUAUCGAAGAAGGGGCAGAUUUUCUAUUCUGAGAGGUCAAAAAUGUUCAGGAGACUUUUCCGCGUCUGUAUUAUUCAAAACAAAUUUAUGUAUUAUUGUAAAUACAGAGAACGGAUGAUUCUUGGCAGUAUUCCCAUAAGGUACCAUAUAAAAUCCGGCACGAAUCAUCUGCUCCUGAAUCAUCUGCGCCACUACACGUAGUGGCAAAACGCUCGAACUGUUCGCCAUAAUUAUCGGCAGAUGAUGAUUCUGAAGAUUUAAAAUUUCUACACGGGUGGCAUCACUAUGUUAAUCAACUAAAGAUUCGUUGUUUAUUAAAAAUAUUUAAAAAUUAUCAUCUGCGGAUGAUUUUGGCGAGCAGCGUAAACAGCGGUUUAUACGGUACCUUAUGAAAAUAUGUGCAAGAAUCUUUCGUUCGCUAUAUUUACAAUGAUAAAUUAAUUUAUUUUACAUGAUAGAAAUGCUAGAUAGUUUGCUGAUGAUUUCUGUACCCUCCGAAUAUUCUCUAGACAUUAAAUUUCUCCAAUAAAAAUAAUUUAAAAAACAGUGGAAUUGUGCUCUGAAUGAAAACUGAAGCAUUAAAAAGUUAAACAAUCAACAGAUGAAUAGAACUAAAAUUUCAUUAAUAAUCAGGCAUUUUGCAUAAUAAUAAUUCUAUUCUACAAAGCGAUCGAGAAAACUAUGCAACAGGCGAAAGCUUAUUGUUAACCAAAUGCAACAUGAAAGGCGUGCUAUCCGAUGAAUUAUUCUGUUACAAAGUAUGUAUCACGAGGUGAAAGUGUUUCCCAGUGUCAUCAGUCCUAGAUAUAGUUGAUCACGAACCGUAUAAAAUAUCGUAUUUCAGUUUAAAAGUAGGGUAAAGCGUAAGGCGAACGAACUGAAGAGAACUUGUAUUAUGUAUGUUUAAAACAAAUUUAUUUGUUUUUUCAAUACAAAGAGCCAGUAAAUGCUAUACUAAUAAUUGUCGUCUGCUAACAGAGAAACGAAAGAAAUAAAUGGAAAUAAAAUGACUGGCUAUGUA